UGUCACGUGACGUCUGCCGAGGCACGCGUAGGAAAUACUAACAACACUGUUACACACACGUCGUGCUAAGUACAAGCAGGGCGACAUAAGCAACCAAGAAAGGGCAGAGAGGGUAAAGGGGGCAAAGGUGGCAGCUCACACUCGUCCGGUACAACUGUGGGACAACCGCUGUCUGUCUGUUUACACUAACCAUGUGGAGGAGGUCAUUCAGUGCAGGAUACCGCUGCUUGGGGCGCAGGAGGAUUGGACCAAAGGGAACGUGGGCCUCCCGUGCAGCGCGUGCGUGCAGCGUUCCCGCCUCACCUGCGGGCGGGAUCUCAGCUCUGCAGGCGCUGGAUGUGUGGGAGGAGCUCUUCGAGGAGAGGGGCGUGUCGGAGCCCAAACACUCCGCCGACCACAUCGUCGCUCACCUGCUCGGGGCGAAAACGAGAGAAAGUCUGGGGCGGAGGAAUUUGACGGAAAUUCUCAGCAGAGAAAGAACAGAGCAGCUAUGGGAGCUCUGCACCAGGCGCCUCUCUAGAAUGCCUGUGCAGUAUGUGAUCGAGCAGUGGGACUUCAGAGACCUGACCCUGAAGAUGAGGCCUCCUGUGUUCAUACCAAGACCAGAAACCGAGGAGUUGGUCGAACUUGUGCUCAUGGAUCUGGAGAAGACGUGUGGGCAGGCUGAAGAGGGAGCGGACGCUCCGCUUACGUGUUUGGAAGUGGGCUGUGGCUCCGGAGCGAUUUCCCUCAGUCUGCUGAGUAGUCUGCCUCAGCUCAAAGCCAUCGCCUUGGAUCGAAGCCAGGAUGCAGUGGAUUUAACCAGGGAAAACGCAUCAAGUUUGGGGCUUCAGGACAGAUUACAGAUUUAUCACAUAGACGUGAUGAAAGACCCAGAAGCUGUGUUGAGGCUCUGUAGCCCCGUUUCAGCUCUGGUCAGUAAUCCUCCGUACCUGUUCUCAGAGGAUAUGUUGUCGCUGGAACCAGAAAUUCUCAGGUUUGAGGACCCGUCUGCUUUAGAUGGAGGUCAGGAUGGCCUCGAUGUGAUCAGACAGAUUUUGACUAUGGCUCCAAAGGUUCUGUCAGAUCAUGGCCGUGCUUACUUGGAGGUGGACCCCAGACAUCCCCGGCUCAUUCGCCGCUGGGUGGAGGCGAAUGUUGAAGAGCUGCGUUAUGUGGAGACACGACACGACAUCACCGGCAGGCCUCGAUUCUGUAUCCUACAGAAAAGAGAUAUCAGAAAAGGACCGUGAGCUGGAUCUGGAGUGAAAAACCCAGAUCCUAUUACACUGGUUUUGGCCCAAGUCGCCACUGCCUCAGCUCCUCAACCCCCACUGAGCUGCCAAGCACGCACUUGCACUGAUUUAAUGACUUUAAAAAAAUACUCAAUUUGCAAAAGCUGGAAUCACCUUCAUGUCGCUGUUGCAUUUUUAAUCUUGUAACAUUUGCGAUCACAUCCUGUGCCCCGAUAGAAAUGUGUGCGAGUUGGCACAAAGGCAGGCUCAAAGCUGAAGGUAAUUACCAAGGCUUUUCUCAGAACCCUCCCCUCUCAGAAUCGCACCCUCCUCCCAGGAAGCAUUCAGCAGUUCUGUGAAUCUGCUGAUGAGCGGUCCUCCCCUUCGCUUGUCCAUUCGCUGACUCACAUGCAGGCUGUAAGCAUUGUUGAGCAAAAACACACACACUCACACAAUGUGGCCUUUACGUCCUCGCACGGACGCUCGGUCUGCGUGUCUCAUGCACUUCAAAGCUCACAGGCCACAAAGUCUUUGUAUUUCAAAGGUGAUUGAAAAUGGAAUUAUUUCAUAACAAGUGUCACAAGAGCGCUCAUCAUGUGAUUAAUAACGGUGAUGUGGACAGUAUCUGCCUUUACCCCGAGUAAUACUGUCACGUCAAGCAGCGCAAGAGAGAAGAACAAUAAAGGACAGUAAGUCAGGAUCAAAUUAGUUAUUUUAAUACAAAAAUGUACACAUGUAAAAGGUAGAAAAAAGGUUUUACUGAGAAAAUAAAAUGGCUUAAAAUGA